GUACCUUGAGAAACAGCUGAGGAAGGCCAAGAUGGGCGCAUUCCUUGGGGAGGGGCCCCUGUAAGGGAAACCAAACAAUCUGUUGAGACUCCAAAAUCGUAAGAAACAAAUAGGUCUGUGGUAACAUUGCCCUGGGGAACUGGGCCCAUGCCUCUGUGAAGCUACUUCCAUAACUCUGUGGCCAGGGGUCAAAGAAGUCCUCACAUUCCUAGGGGAGGGGGCUGCAUAUGCCCACUGAAGUACCUCCUCCAGGAGGAUACCCUUAGGGGGACCAGUGAGAAGCCUCAUACCAAGAGGUGGGACCAUCAUGCCUGGAGGGGUGUCCCUCAGCCCAUAGGUGGGGAAGGACCCCCAUGGCCAGGUCUGUACUGGGUUAGGGCCCCUGCAAUACUGGCAGUGGCAGCAGCUGCAACAGUGCCUCUUGCAGAGUUGGGAUGGCCCCAUGGACUGGCCUGGCAUGUCCUGCAGACACCUGGGGCAUGGGAACACCAGGUAGGAUGCCUUUGCCAGCAGCCUUACCAAUCCCCGGGCCCCCAGUAGCUCCAGCAAGUGGCACUAGGGCAAUGCCAGUAUCUUUGGGAGGAGGUCCCUCUACUGUCAUUGAGACCAAGUUUUCCCUUUGAAGCCGCUCCAGACUGAGUACUCACUUCUCUUUCUGCUUGACUUAUUGAAUUCAUCUCAAUCACAUUGGAUCAAAUUCAUAUGCUUGUCGAAAACCUUGUGAAGGUGCCAAUAUAGUACCAUUCUGCAGGGUGCACCUCAUCCUGUAGUCAAUGUGCUGCAUGCAGCAUCUUGCUGCUCUUGCCCACAGCCGUGUUGGUGGCUCCGAUUCCCCUAGCAUGUGCCAGCCCCACUCUUUGCUGGCUACUUCUGAGGUCUCAGCCUGUCACUGCAGAGAGACCCUACCCCCACAGAACCACCUGUCGUGGGUUCUGCUUUCUCGCCUGUUUUUUGUUGCUUGGCUGCAUUUCUUACCCACAGGCGGUAAUGAUUCUGUUUAUAAGUGAUGUGUGACUGUGCGUUGAUACUUAGUGCCACCACUGGGUCCCCAGGGCCUGUGUUUAUCGCGCACCUGCGUGCUCCCUGCGCACAUCUGGCAGGAGCCUCUGCUUAGGGACAGGGAUGCUGUUUCAGGCUGGGAGUGCUGACCUGUCACUAGCCUGGUGACUUCUCCAGCCACGGACAGCUGCGACGCAGGACCUCGGACCUCACCCCGGAUCCCGCAGGCGCCAUCUUCCCAGCCAGGUGACUGCCCCAAAGCCUUUCCUACACCCCGGACCUUCAGCUCCGGGACCCCAACCCGAAGGCCUGGGCCCCUGCCCCAGGAACUACAUUUCCCAGCGGGCGCUGGAGCAGCAACCGGUUUGGGAUGUGCUCUUCAGCACGGCUCCGCCCCUGGACUGCAACCCCCUAGUGGCCGCAGGUUGGCGGAGAGGGACGUAGGGCGCAGGUAACCCGGCGGGAGACGGCUUCCGGGGUGCGUAUCGCAGACUGAAGAGAGGAUGGGAUUUGGCGGCUUUGGGGAGCAAGGGAGCCAGGGUGUACCGAGGACAGGCAGCGGGAGUGAGUGACAAGGAUUGGGGGAGCGAGCCAGAGUGCCCGCCCUCAGCAGAACUAGGAAUCUGGGCCUUCACCUUUUCCAGCAGCGCGAACCCUCUCGAGUGCCGGGUCCCAGACUGCUUGAAGCCAUCCUCCCCCAACAAAAUGCCUGAGGGCCCUGAGCUGCAUCUGGCCAGCCAGUUUGUGAACGAGGCAUGCAGGGGGCUGGUGUUUGGCGGGUGUGUGGAGAAGUCACCCAUCAGCCGCAACCCUGAGGUGCCCUUUGAGAGCAGUGCCUACUACAUCUCAGCCUCAGCCCGUGGCAAGGAGCUUCGAUUGACACUGAGCCCCCUGCCUGGGGCCCAGCCCCCACAGGAGCCACUGGCCCUCAUCUUCCACUUUGGCAUGUCUGGAUCCUUCCAGCUGGCACCCAGCAAUGCAUUACCACCCCAUGCCCAUCUGCGCUUUUACACGGCUCCUCCUGGUCCCCAACUCACCCUCUGCUUCGUGGACAUCCGCCGCUUUGGCCACUGGGAGCUCACGGGCGAGUGGCAACCAGGCCGCGGGCCAUGCGUCUUGCUGGAGUAUGAACAGUUCAGGGAGAAUGUGUUACGAAACCUGGCAGACAAGGUCUUUGACCGGCCCAUCUGUGAGGCCCUUUUGGACCAGAGGUUCUUCAAUGGCAUUGGCAACUAUCUGCGGGCAGAGAUUCUAUACAGGCUGAGGAUACCCCCCUUUGAGAAGGCCCGCACUGUUCUGGAGGCACUGAAGCAGCACAGGCUGAGCCCCAAGUUGACCCUGAGCCAGAAGAUCAAGGCCAAGCUGCAGAACCCAGAUCUGCUGGAGCUGUGCCACUCAGUGCCCAAGGAAGUGGUCCAGCUGGGCGGCAAGGGCUAUGGGCAAGCGAGAGGGGAGGAGGAUUUUGCACCCUUUAGAGCCUGGCUGCGGUGCUAUGGCAUGGUGGGCAUGCGCUCCCUGCGGGACCGGCACGGCCGUACCAUCUGGUUCCAGGGGGAUCCUGGACCUCUGGCACCCAAAGGGGGCAAGUCCCAUAAGAAGAAAUCCAGCGGAGCACAGCGGGGUCCUGAGGAUGGAGUGGAGGAUCAUCCACCCCCAAGCAAGGCCCCUUCCAGGACACGAAGGGCAUGGAGAGGCCUUCCUGAGCAAACAACAGCCCAGCAGCCUGAGGGGACCAGCCUCCAAGACCCAAAAGUCCCCCCAGUCACUGAGAAAGGGAAGAGGAGAGGGCGAAGGGCCAACUCAGGCUGCUGCAGACCUUAAAAGAUAGACUGCCAUCCCAUCUUUGGAGCCUGAGGAGACCUAAGCCUCUUAGCAGGAGGAUCUCCUUGCUUGCACCUAUCCCUUCCCGCUGCCUUGCCUUGGAUCUGGGGGCUUGUGUGGCUUUCUAGAAGCAUGCAACAGGUUAAAGGGGCUAGAUGCCUGUGACCUUGUGGCUGUUCCCCACAUAACUAUGUUUUUAAUUGUGCCCACCAUCCCCAUUUUUUAAGCCCAUGUGAAAAAUGCUGUAUUUUUAAAAAUAUAAAUUGGUAAACUUCUUGGGCUGGCCAAGUUAGUUAGGCCUGUUGCCUGGCCCUGAGUAUAAGAGGCCAACUCCUCAGCAAGGCAAACUGGGCUCCGUCACAGUCCUCAAGGUCCUGGCUCUCAUAGGAUAGUCUGCCUCUUCAGGGACAGCCCUCAGAGGUGGUGCAGAGACCCCUCUCAGGAAGCCCAGGCUCCAUAGCUCCUCCAGUCCAGGAUUCCUCAGGGCCUGGGGUUGCUCCCCAGCCUGGCCAGACUAGUUAGUACUCCCCUCCUAGUGGGGGCUAGUUGGAACCCACCCAGACCCGGGCCCUCUGCCUGCUGACACACGGGAGGGACUUCUUAUCUCAUGCUCUUAUCUUGUGGUCAUCCAUAUCCCCACUUGUGGGGGCUGCAACCCAGACCCUGCUGCACACACAGAUCACCUUAGAUUUUGCCCCUGUCCCCAAAUGCCCAGGAAAGACUUCUCUUCUCACAGCCUUGAGGACUUGCCUUAAGGGGAGAGAGCAGGAGUUACCAGCAGGGCUCCUGAGCCAAAGAUUUAUUGUUGCUUAGGGCUGGAAAGGCAGUCAGGCCCCAAAGCCUUCCACAAAAAAAUCCUGCCCUCUAGAGACUCAGUUCAGUGGAGGUUGCAGCUUGAGCCAUAGAGACUGUACUUGGAAGGGAGAAAAGGUGAGUUUUAGGCCAGUGUCCCUAAGGGGCAGGUGGCCAGCUCCAGGAGGUCACAGCUGCAGACCAUGAGGGACCAUGAAGACUCUGUGAGGGCAGGGCUCCUCUCUUCCCUGCAUCCCACUCACAGGAGGGCCUCCUGAACUGGCAGCGACAUUUGCAGCCAGCAGUCCACGUGGCUGCCAUGGGCCUCAUACAGCCUGAGCACCAGUGUGUGGCCCUUGGGGGCUGGCUUCAGUCUGCUGAGGGAAGUGGGUGGUGGGCAGGGCCAAGGGUGGACCCAACCAGGACCCCGCCCCACCCUAUCUCACCCCUUGCCUGCUGGACGGUCUCCAGCACCACCUGGAGGAAGACACAGUG